GCAUCUCACACAGACAUGCGCGCACAUCUCCUGUGUCUCGCGCUGCUAGGCGUGGGCAUCAUGCGCACCCCUGGAGUAACUGGGCAGAACGCCUCGGAACGUGCACGUGCAGUUGCGUUCUUAGAGAGUCAAAACGCCGAGAGUGAGCGGGUGUAUUACACAUCGGAGGAAACAGCAUGGACAUACUACACCAACCUCACCGAAGACAACCGAAAAGCGAUGGUGGCUACCAACCUCGAAGAGGCCGCGUUUACCAAACAGUCAGCUAAGAAUGCCUCCAUGUUUGAAUGGUGGAACUACCAGAACGCCACUCUGCAGAGGAUGUUUGCUAGCAUCGCAGACAUCGGCACCGCCGCCAUGCCGGAAGAGACCAAACUAGAGAGGCUGAACAACGUGCUGUCUGAGAUGGAGGGGAUCUACAGCACGGGCAAGGUGUGCGUGAAGGACGAUCAGUGUCUCGAGCUGGAGCCAGGAAUCACUCGCUUGAUGGCUACGUCACGUGACUACUGGGAACUGACAAAGACCUGGCGCGGAUGGAGGGAACAGACGGGAAACAAGAUGAAGGACCUGUAUGCUGAGUUUGUUGUACUAAGCAACGAGGCCAUCAGGGCAAACGGAUACAACGAUACUGGUGCCUACUGGCAGUCGUGGUACGAGAGCGACACUUUCGCCCAGGACGUGGAAAGGCUGUUCCUGCAGCUGGAGCCGCUGUACAUACAGCUGCACGCCUACACCAGGAGGAAGCUGAAGGAGGUGUAUGGAGAGCAGAUCUUCCCCAAGGAAGGACACAUUCCAGCCCAACUACUGGGCAACAUGUGGGCCCAGUCGUGGGGCAACCUACUCGACAUUCUCCAGCCCUUCAAGGACAAGGAGAGCGUUGACGUCACCCCACAGAUGAAGGCACAGAACUAUACUGCACUGAGGAUGUUUCACACCGCGGACGACUUCUUCCAAUCACUCGGUAUGAAGCCUAUGCCACAGCCAUUCUGGGAUCUCUCCAUGAUAGAGAAGCCUAAAGAUGGUCGCCCAGUCGUCUGCCACGCGUCUGCCUGGGAUUUCUACAAUGGCCGGGACUUCCGGGUGAAGCAGUGCACGGACAUCACCAUGCUGGACCUGAUCACCACCCACCACGAGAUGGGACACGUGGAGUACUUCCUCCAGUACAUGCACCAGCCUGUUGUGUUCAGAGCGGGAGCUAAUCCAGGAUUUCACGAGGCAGUGGGAGAUGUCAUGGCCUUAUCAGUUGCAACCCCAAAACAUUUACAGUCAAUUGGCCUUUUGUCUAACGUGGAAGAGGAUCGAGAGAGCGACAUCAACUACAUGUUGAGCAUGGCCCUAGACAAGAUCGCCUUCCUCCCGUUCGGCUAUCUGAUGGAUUUAUGGAGAUGGAGUGUGUUCAGUGGGGAGACGCCACAGAGCUUCUACAACACCAAGUGGUGGGCCCUCAGAUGCCGAUACCAGGGUGUAUCUCCUCCGGUAGAAAGAUCCGAAGAUGACUUUGAUCCCGGCGCUAAGUACCACAUUCCGGCCAACACACCAUACAUCAGAUACUUCGUGAGUUUCGUCAUCCAGUUCCAGUUCCACAAGGCGCUGUGCCAGGCAGCCAAUCAAACAGGGCCGAUGCACAAGUGCGACAUCUAUCAGUCAAGGGAAGCUGGCUCUCUCCUCAGUCGAGUGCUGGAGCUUGGUUCAUCUCGGCCAUGGCCCGAAGUGAUGCAGAUCAUUACCGGUCAAGACAAGAUGGAUGCCGGACCGCUCAUGGAGUAUUUUCAACCGCUCACUGAUUGGCUGAAAACUCAAAACGAAGGGCACGAGACAGGCUGGAAGCACAUGUGCCCAGAAAAGAUACCAGUGCCCAGCUCCACAAGCCCUGUCAGCAUAUCACUAAUGGCUUUACUGGCCACUCUUCUUCUGUCAUCAUUGUGUACACACACCUACCUGCUUCUAUCAAUCCCCGCUCAGUCUACCUGCGACGGCACACUCGGAGACAUGCGUACACACCUCUGUCUCGCGCUGUUUAGCGCCGUCACGGUGUUUUUGACCAGUGGUCAACUGAUCACUGACCUGGAUCAGGCAAGGCAGUUCUUGAACGAGCAGGAUGCCGAGAGUGCCCGCGUGUAUUACAAGUCAUCGGUCAAGACAUGGGAGUAUUACACGAACAUCACAGACGAGAACAGAAAUGCCAUGGUCGCUUCCGAUCUGAUGGUGGCAGAGUUCACAAAGGACAGUGGGAGGAACGCUUCCAUGUUUGACUGGAAGAACUUUCAGAAUGAAACCAUGCGGAGACGAUUUUCAAUAUUGGCCGACAUCGGCACGGCUGCUAUGCCUGACAAGACGAAACUGAAACGGCUGAAGAAUGUUCUGUCUGAGAUGGAGGAGAUCUACAGCAAAGGCAAGGUGUGCAUGAAGGACGAUGAAUGUCUCGACCUUGAACCGGGCUUGACGCGUCUGAUGUCGUCAUCCCGUAACUACGAGGAGUUAACCAAGGUUUGGAAAGGAUGGCGAGACCAGACAGGGAAGAAGAUGAAGAACCUUUUUGCCGAAUUUGUUUCCCUCAGCAACGAGGCCAUCAGAGCAAAUGGCUAUGCAGACACAGGUGCCUGGUGGAGAUCAUGGUAUGAGACCGAGACCUUCAGGGGGGACUUGGAACAGCUGUUCUUGCAGCUGGAGCCGCUGUACAUACAGCUGCACACCUACACCAGGAGGAAGCUGAUGGAGGUGUAUGGAGAGAGCGUCUUUCCCUCGGGGGGACAUAUUCCAGCGCACCUGCUUGGCAACAUGUGGGCGCAGACUUGGGGCAAUAUACUCAGCAUUCUCCAGCCUUACAACAAGCAGAGUGUGGAUGUCACCCCUCAGAUGAAGGCUAAGGGCUACACUCCACGCAGGAUGUUCGAGACAUCCGAGGAGUUCUUCACGUCGCUUGGUAUGGAGCCAAUGUCACAACUAUUCUGGAAGAAUUCAAUGAUAGAGAAACCAAAAGAUGGCCGUUCGGUCGUCUGCCACGCGUCUGCCUGGGACUUCAGCAAUGGCAGUGAUUUCCGGAUAAAACAGUGUACGGACGUGACCAUGGAGGACCUGAUCACCGUCCACCAUGAGAUGGGGCACAUCCAGUACUACCAGCAGUACAUGCACCAGCCUGUCGUCUUCAGAAGCGGAGCUAACCCCGGCUUCCACGAGGCUGUGGGAGACGUGCUAGCUCUGUCUGUGGCCACCCCUAAACAUCUACAGAAGCUCGGUCUGCUGACAAAUGUGGAGGAAGAUGCAGAAAGCGACAUCAACUACAUGUUGAGCAUGGCACUAGACAAGAUCGCCUUCCUCCCGUUCGGCUACCUGAUGGAUCAGUGGCGAUGGAGUGUGUUCAGUGGGGAGACGCCACAAAGCCUCUACAACACCAAGUGGUGGGCCCUCAGAUGCCGAUACCAAGGUAUUUCUCCACCAGUAGAAAGGUCCGAGAACGAUUUUGACCCCGGCGCAAAGUACCACAUCCCCGCUAAUGUACCAUACAUCAGAUACUUCGUGAGUUUCGUCAUCCAGUUCCAGUUCCACAAGUCGCUGUGCCAGGCAGCCAAUCAGACCGGGCCUCUACACAAGUGCGACAUCUACCAGUCAAAGGAAGCUGGCAAACUCCUUAGUCGUGUCCUGGAGCUUGGUAAAUCUCGACCGUGGCCGGAAGCUAUGCAGAUACUUACUGGACAAAACAAGAUGGACGCCAGACCGCUCAUGGAGUACUUCCAGCCGCUCACUGAUUGGCUGAAAGAUCAGAAUAAAGGUUACAGGACAGGUUGGGACCACAUGUGCCCGGGUUCCAUCCCGAUUCCUACCUCUGCAACCUCAAUCAGAGUCACAUACGGUCUUCUGUUGGUUACCAUAGUCACUGCUGUCCUGAGUUAUAUGUGAAGCUCUGGCUAUUAUCAUAUAGAUGGUUCUGCUACCGCAGAAGUAGAGUGUUGGUUGUUUCACAUUGGGAAGCAAUGACUGCGUCAACUUAUUCCAAGUCCUGUCAUAUUAGAAAGCCUUUGAUUUAUAACUCUAUUUAUAUAUCUAUCUUCUUGCAUGAAGGCGGACCCGUCAUCAUAUUUUUGGGGGGAAUAAGAUCCUCACGAGUGUGGUUUGAAAAUCGCACACAGGUUAGAGUAUUUACAAGAAUCAGCAUUGACGGAUAUGCAAUCUGGAUACAUCUCUGUCACGUCAUAGGUCCAUUUUUAUAUCUAAAAACUGUUCGUUUAUGCUUGAUGUUUUAGUUGCUUCACAAUGGAAAGCAAUUACUGCCUCAACUCUCUCAAGUCCUGUCGUACUAUAUAAUACUUUUUGAUAAAGUAUCUUCUGUCAGGAAUUAGAUGUUCACUGGUGUGGUCUAAAACCUGUCCAUAUGUCUGUCAAGUUAUAAUUCUAUUAAAUGACUAUAAAUAUU